AUGCCGAAUGAAUUAAAGAAGUCUUACUUGUCUUAUAGAACAGGAGUGGCAAAUAACACAAAGAAUCCCAAAAAAUGCAACGACUAUCGGACUAUCUCACUUAUGAGCCAUGUUUUGAAACUCUUUCUGAAAGUGAUACAUAAUAGGAUAUACUCUAAAUGUGAAUCAACACUAUCCUGCACCCAAUUUGGCUUUCGAAGCGGUUUAGGGACGAGAGACGCUCUCUUUGGCUAUCAAGUGUUGAUACAGAGAUGCUUGGACAUGAACAGGGAUCUUUUCGUCUGUUUUGUCGAUUAUGAGAAAGCUUUUGAUAAUGUACGACAUGGUAAAAUGAUGGAAAUACUCCAGAGAAUUGGCUUAGAUUAUAAAGGUUGCUGUUUCAUUAAAAACCUAUAUUGGAAGCAAAGUGCUAAUAUAAGGGUAAACAGCAAACAUUCUUCAUAUAUCGAGAUUCAGAGAGGUGUGCGUCAAGGUUGCAUUUUAUCACCUUUGCUAUUUAACUUGUAUGCCGAUGCAAUAUUUUCAGAAGCCCUAGAUAAUUGUCAUCAUGGCAUAGCAAUUAAUGGCAAACUGCUGAAUAACUUGAGAUGCGCCGAUGACACGAUCUUAAUCGCAGAGAGCCUCGAGGGUCUACAGAAAAAGUCAAAAUAUAUGACAAUAAGCCGAACACCGGAGCUUUUCACGCAAUAUAUAUACCUCAACAAUCAGACCUUGGAACGUGUCUCGAAAAUACGAUAUCUAGGCACAGUGAUUGAUGAAAAGGGUGACCAUAGCAUCGAAAUCCGCUGCAGAAUUGAACAAGCUCGGAACGCCUUUUCAAAACUAAAAAAAGUACUUUGUGACAAGCGCCUAAAUUUACAGGUUAGAACUCGCAUUGCGCGAUGUUACGUCUUCUCUGUGCUGCUCUACGGCGUAGAAUCUUGGACGCUGACAGAGACUAUGUCCAAAAAACUGGAAGCGUUUGAGAUGUGGGUUUAUCGACGUAUGCUUAAAAUAUCUUGGACAGACCGCAUACGAAAUACAACCGUGCUGGACAGAAUGCAGGAGAACAAAGAAGUGCUUAAGACGGUUAAGAAAAGGAAACUUGAGUAUUUCGGACACGUUUUACGCAACUGCAAAAAAUAUGAGCUCCUUCAACUAAUCAUACAAGGCAAAGUGGCAGGUAGAAGGAGACCUGGCCGCAGACGCACGUCCUGGUUGAAAAACUUGAGACAAUGGUUUGGUCAAAGCACCAAGUCAUUAUUUAGAAGCGCGGCAUCACAAUUAAAAUAG